AUGAAGCUCCUUGGAUUUCUUUGGAUAAUUGUUCUCUUUCAAACAGGCUCCCAGGCUCUUUUGCAAGAUGGAUUCACCUUUAAAACAUCCAUUUGCGAUGGUAAAAACGGAGGACUUCUACCCAUGUUUGGAACCUGCAAGGCAUAUUACGUGUGUGUAGAUGGAAAGGCGGUGAUUGGAUCCUGCGACGAGGAUAUGUUGUUUAAUCCAUUGACCCUUCACUGUGAUGAUGCCAGAAAAGUGGAUUGUAUUUUUGACGCAAAGCAAAUUGAAAAGGACGACAGUUCGAGUUCGGAGAGUGAUGAGGACGACGAUUAUGAUGAAGAAGUGACACCUCCUCCAGCUACCACCACUACUACCAAACGUCCAAAGCAACAGCGACCUCUGAAUCAGAAUACAGGACUCUCGGAUGUAUCAAAUAGAAUCUGUGCUGCCAAGAAGGAUGGAGUCAUGCUCUCCAAGAAGAACUCCUGCGGAGAGUACUAUGUCUGCAAGUCCAGGAAGCCUCAACUACGUUCCUGUCCCGGUCAGCAGCAAUUCAGUCCCACUCGCCGAAGGUGUAUGAAGGCUUCAGAUGCAAAGUGUGUAGUUUCUGGGCAGGAUCGAUUGGAUGGUCCUCCCAUCACAGGAGGACUCUGUGCCGAGGAAAAGGAGAACUCCCUGGCUGCCCACCAAAGUGAUUGCGGCAAGUUUUUACUUUGCAGCAAUAUGAUGUUUCUGGUAAUGGACUGUCCCACUGGCCUGCAUUUCAAUGUGGCGACUUCGCGUUGCGAUUACCCGAAAAUAGCUCAAUGCCAGGCGAAAAAUGCCAAAAAGGUAACCAAGAGCAAUAAAAAGUCGAAACAGAGUGGCCGAAAGCCCAAGUCUCGACAUUUGUAACUCAU